AUGCUAGUUUACCUUCAAGAUUUAUGCAAAAGUCGCAACGACAUUCAUUGUGCAGCUGCUAUAUUCAGGGUUGUGGCCUUGGCUCUUCCUAAUUUGCAACUUCAAGGCACAAUUUCGACAUCUUUGGCCAAUUUGUCCUUCCUCAGUGUUCUCAAUCUCCAGAACAACAGCUUCCACGGUGGCAUCCCUUAUGGCAUUGGCCACAUGCCUCGCUUGCGAGUCAUUGACGUUAAAAACAAUCAGCUCAACGGAAGUAUACCAACAAGUCUAUUUCAAAACCGAAGAGUUCAAGUAAUUUCAUUGGCCUUCAAUGAACUCAGUGGUGAAAUGUGGAGAGGCCCUUGGUAUGUACCCGAACUCAGAGUCUUAAAUCUCAGGAACAAUAGCCUCACGGGUAUAAUCCCUCCUUCAGUUGGAAAUGCCACAAAAAUGAUGAACUUCAGUUUAUCUGGGAAUAGAGUCAGCGGCAACAUUCCAAAGGAGGUCGGUAAUCUGAGCCAGCUUGCAUUUUUUAUCUUGUUCAAUAAUCAAUUAACAGGUUCCAUUCCCGCAACACUGUUUAAUAUCUCGUCACUACUUGCCGUAUCUCUGUCACUCAAUAGCCUUUCUGGUCCUCUGUUGCUAGAUGAAGGCAAUAUUGUGUCAAAUCUGUACUUUUUAAGUAUAUAUCAAAACCAAAUUUCUGGUUGCAUUCCUUCCAACAUAUGCCAACUCACGGAGCUCCAAGUUUUGUUCUUAUCUUUCAACAACAUAACUGGAGACUUACCCAGAAAUAUUGGUUGUUUAUCCAAUCUCCAGGAGUUUUAUAUUCGUCAUAAUUUAAUAAAAGGGACUAUUCCCACUUCAUUGGGAAAUAUUUCAACUCUGCAAUAUCUUUAUUGUCAAAACAAUCGCAUAGUGGGGCAAAUUCCUCCGGAAUUAGGGAAGCUAUCAAAUUUAAGGGAAUUAAGCUUUGCCAAUAAUUCUAAUCUUAUUGGUCAAAUUCCAGAGGCUAUUUUCAACAUAUCUUCUUUGGAAUUUCUUGAUUUCAGUAACAAUAACCUCUCGGGUAGAAUUCCAACCACUGCAGGUCUUCAUCUUCCUAACCUUAAAGUACUUCACUUGGCAGUCAAUCAGCUGGAAGGGGAAAUUCCAUUGUUCAUAACAAAUGCUUCCAAGCUUGAGCUACUGUCGCUAAUUGAUAACUUUCUCACAGGAACUAUUCCUACUAAUUUAGGAAAUCUUCGUGAGUUGCGAUAUCUGAUCCUAAAUGAUAAUCAACUUACCAAUGAACCUGGAGAGUAUGAGUUGCGAUUUUUCAAUUCUUUGGUGGACUGUAGGAUGUUGAAAUAUCUACAAGUGGGUUCCAAUCCGUUUUAUGGCAUUCUGCCCAAUUCUAUUGGGAAUCUUUCAUCUACUAUUCAAAAGUUUCAUAUAGCAGGUGCACACAUCAGUGGCCUCAUCCCCAUAGGUAUAGGCAAUAUGAGUGGUCUAUUAAUGCUAAGCUUUGAAGCAAACGAGUUGCGGGGAAGCAUUCCUUCUGAUGUUGGUAAGCUUAAACAACUCCAAGGGUUGUAUCUACAUAACAAUAAAUUGCAGGGACAUAUUCCAGAGGCAAAUGCUUAG